AUGCCACAGUGUUGUGCAGUGCCUAUGUGUGCAAAUAAAAAAGGAGGGCAUAAGUUCCCUACAGAAGAUAAAAACCGAUUAAAACAGUGGCUUGUAGCCAUUCGCAGAGAUAAAUUUACUCCAACGAAAAAUAGCCUCGUUUGCAAAAGCCACUUCACAAAGGAUGAUUACCAGCUACCGAAGGACUCAGUAUUAGAAAAACCCAGGCCUGUGUUGAAAAAAUGUGCAGUGCCAAGUCGAUUCCCAUGGAUUGACCAAAAUUCUAGUUUGCAUCAAAAAAAGAAGGAGCGGCAUCAAAGGCGUUUGGCGCGAAAUGAAAGGAAAAUUAGUGUCCAAGUACACAUAAACAAUGAAAAAGAGAAGGAUGACACCUUCCUCAUGGAAACUACAAACUUUUUCGAAGUAGAAAUUGAAUUCGAGAAGAAACAGAAUGAUGUUGGUAUCCAAUGUGAUUUAUGUGGAAGUGAUAAUCUCAAAACACUUAAAGAAUGUCUUCAAAAUGAAAAUAAAAAUAAAAAAUCUUCAAUUGCAAAUGUGCUAGAUAUAACCAAUGCGGCCGAAGUACAGUUUUAUACUGGUUUCCAAGAUUAUGAACAUAUCAAAUUCAUAUUUAGUAUUUUUGGAGAUGAAGUAAAUUGUUUAAAAUAUUAUCCUCAACUGAAAACAUUGAAGGUGCCGUUUCUAAACCCUUGUGAUCAAUUCCUUCUAGUGUUAAUUAAAUUACGCCGGAACAUGCUAUUUACAGAACUCGCCUUUCGAUCGAAGAUUAAUAAAACGGUACUAAGUAACAUUUUCAUAACAUGGAUCAAUUACUUAUAUUGUAAAUUGAAAGAGUUAAAUGUUUGGGUGCCAAAACAAUGCAUAGAUAAAAAUAUGAAAUACUAUGGCAAGAUUAAUCCAUGCACUGUGAUAGUAGAUUGCACGGAAAUAAAAAUAGAGAAGCCCAAAAAUCCACUUACACAACAGCUUACAUAUUCCACUUACAAAUCAGCAAAUACUCUAAAAGUUUUAAUUGGGAUUUCAGCAUCAGGCUGCGUUACAUUUGUAUCCGAUGCAUAUGGUGGAUCUACGAGUGAUCGUGAAUUGUUUGAAAAAUGUGGACUUAUUGAUAAACUUGAACCUAAUGAUAUCAUUUUUAGUGACCGUGGCUUUAAUGUACAAGACCUAGUGUGCCAUAAAGAUGUUACAGUUAAUGUGCCAGAAUUUUUAAAAAAUACUGAUGGACAAUUUGAGACUUCUCAACUGACAAGGUCAAAAAAUAUAUCUUCAGAACGGAUACACGUUGAAAGGGUCAUUGGUUUGGCUAAAACUUUUAAGAUCUUAAGCGGCAAGUUGGAUUCAAAAUUGGUACCUUUAGCAGAUAGAAUAAUAUUUGUAUGUUUUAUGUUAACCAAUUUCAAAAAUAAUAUUAUAAAGUAA